GAUGUCAACGAAUAAUUACUCUUUUAUGAACGCUCAUUCCUGAUGUCAGCUCAAGCUGGUUUGUGUAGUCCUGUUGAUGAUGGCGAGGUGAUUCUGUAGUUCUGCUGAGGAUAGCGCAAGGUUGAUGUUUGGUCGUCUGAAUCGCGUGGUUGCAAGUGCUGGCGAGUUCUCUCUAGCGCUUUUCGAUAGAACAUUUUGCCCGACCUUAGUCUAUUCUUUUAAAAUAAUUGCACUAAACAGCCUACACCAUAAAACAUCGUAUCAAGAAACAAGGAAGAAAUAAACGACAAGACAGUGACUCCAAUCUUCACCAUCAGAAAGUCCGUUCGCGGUAUUUGCCUGUAUUCAGUUACAGGAAGGCUCGACAAGGACACGCAUGAGUUACAAUCUUCACCAGAUACUUAUUGUCAGUUUCUGCCUUUUCCCUUUCAGAUUUCUUACACCAGUGGAGUGAGAUGGUUUCAUGCGGGUUCUGAAUACUUGGAUACCCUGAUUUUCUUCAGGAUUGCAGAAACCUUUUGUGGGCGACUGCAACUGGAACUACUUGUGGAACAGUCCUGAAGGUUUUCUGACAUUUGAGUGAGCAGUAUGGCGCUCAUCAUGCUUCUCACAGUCAGCUUACUCAUCAUACUUUCUCAGAUUUCAUCGACCACAUCAUCAGACGUCUCAUCGGUGUGCUCUGUCAAUGCUACGACUGUCACUGCUGUACUCGGGCAAGUUGGUAACCUAACAUCUCCCAACUACCCGUCUCCCUAUUACAACAAAGCUGACUGUCGGUGGCUGAUAGACGCUGGCAGUGGUUAUGUUGUGAAGAUCUUGAACCUCAGUCUGGAGGCGGGUUUCUUGGAGUUAUAUGACGGCACCCAGUUAUCCAAUACCUUUGUUAUAAUCAAGUUGGGUUCCAUGACCGCACAGUCAGUCUUCUACAGCAGUGGGCAGUACAUGUACAUCAGGUUUUAUAGCAACAGCAACCUCACGUACCCAGGCUUCAGGCUGUCAUACGAGGCCGUUGAGCAGCAGUCUGUGGCCACGUCUGUUUGCUCUGUCAACACUUCAGCUCUCUCGGCUGUAGUCGGGGAAGUCAGUUACCUGGAAUCUCCUGACUACCCAAACUAUCCAAAUAACUCCAGCUGUCAGUGGCUGAUCACCGCUCCGACUGGUUACAUCGUUAGAGUGACUCUUCUUAAGGUUUCCCUUGAUGAAUGCUGUGACUACUUAAACUUUAUGGAUGGUAUGUCGGCUCUAGCCCCCAGUCUGGGCAGGUUUUACGCCUUGCCCUCACAGCGACUCCUCAACAGUUCUGGACAGUACAUGUACAUCAACUUUUCUACCAAUGGUAUUCCAAGGCGCGGUGGUUUUAAUCUUUAUUAUGAAGCAGUGCUCUUAUCUGAGUGUCCAGUUGACGGCAAGAAUGUCUCUGUCAUACCUGGACAGAUCCGUGUCCUGACUUCGCCAAACUAUCCGUUAAACUAUCAUAAUAACGCCGACUGUCGGUGGCUACUGUCCGCUCCCAGUGGCUAUGUUGUCAGGGCGACUGUCUGGACCGUCAAUGUAGACCUCUAUAAUGACUACCUCCAGAUUAUAGACGAUACUUUCCGGUCCACGCCCUCGCAGAAAGUCUACAGCAGCUGUGGACAGUACAUGUUCAUCAGAUUUUUCACCAACUUUUUGAAUGUCAACUCGGGCUUCAAUCUGACCUACGAGGCUGUUCCCAUCUAUGCGUGCUCUGUCGACCCUACGGAUCUCACUGCUGUAGUCGGGCAAAUGAAAGAGCUGUCUUCUUAUUACUCGUCCUACAAUUGCGGUAAUGUCAGCUGUCAGUGGCUUAUCACCGCACCCAGUGGUUGCAUCGUGUGGGUUGUGGUCGGAAUGGUUUCCAUUAAGAAAUGUUGUGACUACGUGAGCCUUGUGGACGGUAUGUCGAAUUCAGACCCUAUUCUGGGUAGGUUUAACGACACACGAUCACAGCGAUUCUACAACAGCUCUGGACAGCACAUGUACAUUAACUUUUCCAACAACGGAGUCGGAGUGAUUGGUGACUUUGAUUUUUUUUAUCAAGCAAUGUGCUCAUCUGAUCCCCAAAUCACAUCGACAAGAGCAUUAACACCGGCCACAACCACAAGUACUAGAGCCGCCGGGCAGCAACGUGUCAUCAAUGUAAAAGUAGUAUAUCGUAAAAAAUGCCCACGUAACUGAUUUUUGUAUUUUGUAAUCACACAAUAAACAGUAUCAGUUGUCCUGACAUUUUAAUCUUUGAAGAUAUGUAUACAAUUAAUUACCCUGACUACUAGUUUGAUGCACAUUUUAAAGAUCUCUUCUGUAACAUUUGAGUCUCUCAGACGCUGUGCACGGAAUAUUUAAACAGACUUUUCUUUGGUUACAUAUAAUAGAAAUUUCCUAUUUUAUUGAGAUCUUCUUCCCUGUCAUAAGGAGAUGAAUAUGAAAACUGUAUAGUCAACACCUUAAUCGUAUUGAUAAUUUCUUUAAAACGUUUUUCCUUAAAAAAGGGAAUGGCUGCAUAGUUAGGACUAUGGUUACAAUUCCUGAGAUAUGUAAAUGUUACUGAUACUUAUGUUUUGCUACGACAAAAGCAUUAACGUAGAUAGUUACAUAGUUGUCAUUAUGCUUAUUAUUUCAAGAGCGUAAUAUCUCAAACAAAAAGAAAUUAUCAAUUUGUUAGUAGUCAUUAAUUAUAAAGGUAUACCAAUUUUAAGUGUUCGUUGAAAAGUAUGGAUAAUAAAGCGA